CUUACUUAGUAGUCAUCACUUCAAAAUCCAAAAAAAUGGCAAAGCUAAACCCCAUUGCCCUAACUUUAACCAUUCUCUGUUUGCUCGUGUCCACACAUGAUGUGCACGCAGCCCGACAUGGGCCCCCUUCCGCCGCGGUGGAAGACGACAUCUGUGGCGGGAAAGAGAAGGUGGUGAAGCUCCACUUCUACGUGCAAGAUCUCCGGAUCGGGCACGUGAACGCCACCGUGUUCGAGGUGGCAAAGGCCUCCAUCACCCCGACCAACCCGUUCGCCUUCGGGAGCGUCCACGUCCUCGACGACCUGCUCACGGAGGGGCCCGCCUACAACUCGAGGGCCCUCGGGCGGACCCAGGGGCUCACCACCAACGCCGACCUCUCCGCCUUCGGCAUCGCCAUGAACCUCAACUUCUACUUCUACGCGGGCCGGUUCAACGGCAGCCAGCUCAGCAUCCUCGGCCGCAACCAGGUGACCGACGCUGCCCGCGAGCUGCCCGUGGUCGGGGGCACAGGCGCGUUCCGGUACGCGCGCGGCUACGCGAUUCAGACAACCUACUCCAUGGAUCCUGUGUCGAGCUACGCGGUGUUGGAAUACACGAUCUACACCACCUACAACUCCAAGUUUAACAGCGAGAUUGAUGACGAAAUUGAGACUGCUGAAAUGUGAGGGGGUCGGAGUUGAUUUGUUACGCUUUUUUUUUAAUA